GGAAUAGAAGAAAACUCAAACUUGAAACAAAACAAACCUUCAGAAACAACUGUUUCUUCUGCUCCAUCCAUAAACCAGUGAUACAGCUUUUGAAAGUUCAGAAAUGGGUUCUCUUGGCCGGAAAAUCUUUUGUGCUAUAACUCCCCAUUUUUUCAAGAUUAUUCUGGAGGACACUUCUAGAGAACACAAACUGAAAAUUCCAAAGAAAUUUAUGAUAAAAUAUGGUGAAGAUCUCUCAAAUUCGGUAUGUCUUAAGCUGCCAAGUGGUUCUGAGUGGGAAGUAGAAUUGACAAGAUGCAAUGGUAAGGCUUGGUUUGAAAGGGGUUGGCCAGAGUUCUCUAGAUUCUGCUCUCUAAACUACGGCACCUUCCUAGUUUUUCGAUAUGAAGGGAAUUCUCACUUUGAAGUUUGUAUAUUUGAUACGAGUGCCACAGAGAUUGAUUAUCCCUUGACAAUACCCAAGAUUGAAGAAGCUGAUGAAGAUGAUUUAUCUAUUGAAAUCUCGGAGGACUUACCUCCCUGCCCAAAAAGUAGGGAGAAUUCUUCAUCACACUGUCCUCGCAAGAAAAUGAGGACAAGUUUGAGCGGUAAACUAGACAUGAUUUCUGAAAAUGGGAACACUCAACCUUAUGACAUGGUCGUGUUAGAGAAGCCAAUCACAAACAAAGAUUCACAUUGCUCCAAAGCAGAAAUAAAAAGGGAAACAGAUUUUGCCACCAAAACUGAUGGUGGAUGCUUAUCUAGGCCUGAAAGAUUUCCAAAGCAAACAUGCCAUGAGAAUCUUGGGAGGAUGAAGCCAUUGACUACAACUGAGAAAGCUAUAGCCCUUCAAAGGGCUAAUGCUUUCAAAUCUGAUAAACCUUCUUUCAAGAUGGCUAUGCAGCCCUCUCAUAUCCAUGACAGUACUAUUAGUUUGCCAUAUGAAUUUGCAAAGAGACAUCUUAUCAAGCUGCCUGCUGGUAUUGCCAUCCUUAGAGUAUCAGAUGGAAGAACUUGGUCUGUGAUGUUCAAGUAUGAUCAUAAAAACUCAAAAGCUCGAUUAUGGAGAAGUGGUUGGUCAUCUUUUGUGAGGGACAAUAAUUUGAAAGUUGGGGAUGUGUGUGUCUUUGUCCUUAUUGACUGCAAUAAACUUUCCUUUGAAGUUUUCUUUUUCCCCUUCUCACCAGGCUAUGGCAGAGGAGCAAUUGUUCAAGUUGAAGAAAAGAGAAGACCCAUAGUUGAAGCUGAAUCCAACAUGAAUUGUGAAAUUGUUGAGAACAAGAUGCUGAAGAUUUAUGAGUCAGUUACUCAAAAGCCUUCUUCAUCUUUGAGGGCUUCAAGAGUCGGUCUUGAAGCUGCCAAUAAAUUCGUCUCAAAGAAUCCCUUCUUCUUAGUCUCUCUGCCGUCAAUCCAGAGAGUGAAGAAGAAUGUGAAUGUACCAGCUAGUUUUUUCAAGAGUUUCAUGAAGAGGAAGAAACAAACCGUGAAGCUUCAGGUUCAGGAUAGAUCAUGGCCUGUAAAUUUGAUUCCUAGCAACUAUUCAGCCAGGUUAGGUGGUGGUUGGGCUGCAUUUGCGAAGGAACAUUGUUUAGAAGAAGGAGAUGUUUGCAUAUUUGAGCUCACAGAGAUGAAGGAAAUUGUACUGAAGGGCAUUCCAAAGAAAUUUGUGAAUGAAUAUGGUCAGUGUCUAUCAAAUUCAGUAUGUCUUAAGCUUCCAAGUGGCUCUGAAUGGGAAGUAGAAGUGACAAGAAGCAAUGGAAAGGGAAUUCUGAAUUCCACGUUUUCAUAUUUGAUAGAAGCACCACAGAGAUUGACUAUCCCAUAA